CGUCACAAGGCAAUCGCACAGCCACGUCCGAGUCCAAACGUAGCCAAGCUCAAUCAUCACGAAAAAGCAAGCGUCGAUCGAACCACAGCUACGGCGAUCUAGAGGCUUGAUCAUCAAAACACAAAGAGCUCGUGCCCGUCCCUUAUCACGUCGUGUCUUAACCCCGCCCUGCCGGUAGCAACCCCACAUCACUCCAUCAUCCUCACUCGUCUUUCCCUUCUGGAACUUUGCACGACCUACCAGAUCUCAAAAUGAACAACAACAACAACGCGCAGGGUGCAGGUCAGCAAGACUACGUCGAUAAAGCUUUCGCCGCCGGCGCAAAGAAAUUUGGAGGUGCGCAGGGACAGAAAAUCGCGAACAACCGCGGUAUGAGCGAGAAGAUUACCGACGGACUACGUGGAGUGUACGAGAAGGUUACCGGAAAGAAAGUCAACCCGAAGUACUCUAACUAGAGCACAACGCGGACAUUCACAGCUAUUACCGCAUGCGCAAUGCUUCCCCACUUUUGCGCUACAGCACACUAAAUCAACAUGGACCCAUCAUAAUGGGAAUUACGUCUGCAAGAGGCCCAUAGGCUAAUAAUAAACUUAAUUUUCUUGA